UCCAGCUGGCAUAAGAGCGGGCGUUUCCAGAGGAUGCCGGCGAGUAUAAAAUCUGAGCCUCGUGUGUUUGAGUCCAGACUCAGAACACGAGAAAAGACUGAGCAGACAGGUACGGACAGAACCAGCUGUUUUCUGCUGUCACUGUAGCCUAGAAGAAAAGUUUAGAUUUGCACCUGAAAAUACUCAUUUCUAUAGUUUUAUCAUGUUUUCUUUUUAAAAGGAACAACAGUUUUUAUUUUGUGCGUGUGUUAUAAUUAAAUGACAGGAAAGAUUUAAAACAAUUUAGUGACUUUUCCGUUAUAAUUAAAUUCAGGGAGGUAGUGAGUGUUUUAUUGGUCUUUUCUCAAAAACCAGUUGGGAAAAAUGGGCAUGGCAGGAUUUAUUGUUACAUUUAUGAGAUAAAGACUGAAUGAAUGUUUCCAAAACUAAUCUUUUCUUUGUCUGAUUAGUUAUCCAAACCUUUCAGAGGCUUCAGCAGUGAGACGCUCUAACAAAGAUGGCUGAACUCCAGCAGAGCUACAACCAGCAGGGUUUCCUGUCUCCUCUGUCCGUGCUGAAUGAGAUGGAGCUGAGGGAAGCCAGAGACGCCUUUGCUAAGCUGGAGGAUGAAUUUGGUAAAGAGUACACUCAGUACAGCCUCCACAACGUUCACCUCCAGUAUCCCUGGGUGAUGAGCCUGACCAAACAUCCCUGUAUCCUGCAAGUGAUCCAAGCUGUCCUGGGCCCAGACGUCCUCCUGCUGGACUCUCGUUUCAUCUGUAAAUACCCGAUUCUCAAACCAGCCAACAUCCUGGAGAAUGAAGGAAGUCCGACCAAGUCUGAUGGGGAGAACGGUCUUCCUUACGUCGCCUGGCAUCAGGAUAUGAGGUAUUGGGGAAUUGCUGGUGGUCCGGUCCUCUCUGUGUGGCUCGCUCUUGAUGACUCACAGAAGGAAAACGGAGCCCUUCAGGUUAUUCCAGGAAGCCACCGCUCUGGCAUGCUACCCCAUCGCCAAGCCACCCGCUCUGGAAACAUGCUGUCGGUCAACCAGGAGAUCCCAGAGGAGCUGGUUCAGGUGGAGGAGACUGUGUUCUGUCCUCUGAAAGAUGGACAGAUGUCUAUUCAUGAUGGAUUUCUUGUCCAUGCAAGUGAUCCCAACACGUCCCGGAGGAGGCGCUGUGGCUUUGUGAUCCGUUAUGUUCCCACCUGUGCAAACCCCAUUCAGGAUCCUGAUCGACCCAGGAAGUUUCAUGCAACAAUGUUGGCUUGUGGAGAAGACCAGUUCAAUCAUUUCUCCAACAAAAGCUCAUGAAGGAUCAACCAUGUGGCUGGCAGCAGUCGUUCAUCAAAGUCUUUUCUGUGUUUAUCACCAUCUCAUUGAUUUAAGUUAUUAACUAUGAUGAUGAACUGAAUUGUCUCUGAAACAUAUAAACAACCCUGCUGUUUUAUAUGGUUGAAAAAGUAGCGUUGUUACAAACAUAAAAGCACUUUCUUACAUUUAUAGUGGAUCUUGUUUCAUAACGUAAAUAAGCCGUGAACAUGCUUAGAUGUGGAAAGUAAAAUGUAACGUUUUCCAGGGGAUUAGGAGGCAUUACAUUCAUGUGUUCAAGUAAAUUAUAAUUUCUUUGUUAACCUCUGUAUUUAUUCAUGACUGCUGGUGUUUUACCAUGAGCACACAGAGCCUAGUGAAACACAUAUACUUUAUAUUAGAUGAUCUCAGUGACAUUUAAAAGCUGUUUAAUGUACUUAAAAUAGUAUUUGUUUAUGUAUCUGUCUUUAAUUCAAUAAAAAGUA